AUGCUGCUCUGCAGGAGACGCGCGCCGGAGGUCCCGUCCGCAGUGCAAGCACAACCUCCUGAGCGCGGCAGUCCCGCGACCGCCGCCGCCUCCGACGGCUUCGAGGGCCUGCGCAUCGCGGUCGAGUACCAGCUCGACGACAUGCCGGACGGCCCCGCGAAGAACCUCAUCGUCGGCGAGCUCGUCCCGCGGGCCAUCGCGGUCCUCAACAACGUUCUGCGCGCGGCCAACCCCAUCGCCGACAAACUCUAUCUCCCGCGGCCCUGCGCGGACGUCGUGCCGGGCACGGACGACUGCAGGAGGAUCGUGGUGGCGGACAGGUGCUUCUUCGCGACGCACAACCCGGACUACUUCGCCUCCGCGCAGCUGUGCGACGAGACGGGGUGCUACUCCACGCCGGCUGGGAACGGGGUCCAGGGCGCCGACUUUUUGUUGUACGUGACGAACAAGCCGCUGCUCAACGGCCUGGACUACUGCGGCGAGAACGUGCUCGCCCUCGGGGCGCCGUGCGAGUUCGACAUCGACACCGGGCGGCCGCUGGCGGGCGUCGCGAACUUCUGCGAGGCCGGGCUGUCGACGGAGCCGCAGGAGCUCGGGGCGCAGCUCGACGUGGCGGUGCACGAGAUCAUCCACGCGCUCGGCUUCAGCGGGCCGCUCAUGCCGCGCUUCAAGGGCCCCGUCGGCCAGGAGCUGGGGCCCGGCGGGCCGCUGGCGCAGAUCGACGGGCGCACGUGGGUCGUGACGCCGACGGUGCAGCAGGUCGUGCGCGAGCACACCGGCUGCUCGACCGUCCCAGGCGGUGCGUUGGAGAGCGACGGGGGUGUCGGCACGGCCGAGUCGCACUGGGAGUACUUGUACUACGACAACGAACUGAUGCUGGGCGCCGGGGAGGGCAUCCGCUCGCUGCUGUCGCCGCUGACGCUCGCGCUCCUGCAGGACUCGGGCUGGUACGUGGCGUUCCUCGAGCGCGGCUCCAAGAUGCAGUACGGCCUCGGGGAGGGCUGCGCGGUCGCCGAGGCGCAGUGCGGGGAGGCCGCGGACCGCGCGGUGCUGCAGAGGUUCGGGUAUGCGUGCGAGACGGGCGGGGGCGCGCCGCGGCAGGUCUGCUCGUACGACCACCUCACGUGGGGGGACUGCAGGGACAUGAGCCUGGAGCCUGGGUGCACGGGGGUGGUCGCCGCGGACUUCGGGGAGUGCCAGAACGCAGCCCGCGCGCUGCCCGGACACGCCGCGAACGGACUGCACUACGGCGCGUUCUCGCGCUGUCUCCCCGUGGAGAGUGGGACGGUGCACCACGAGAGCUCAGACGUCGCGUUCAACAGGUUCGCGGGCUGCUUCAAGACGACAUGCGGUGCCGACGGCUCCCUGCGCGUCUCGAUGCUCGGCGUGGAGUUCGCCUGCCCCGCGGGGCGCACGGUCGACCUCUCGACGGUCAAGGCCGGCCUGUCGGGCGUCGUCGGGCCCUGUCCGGACCCUGCCACCAUCUGCCCGGCGCUCCAGUGCCCUAGCGACUGCAGCGGGCGCGGGCAGUGCGUCGUGGGGGGGCCCGGCGAGCCCGCGACGUGCCAGUGCUACCCGGGCUGGACGGGACCGGACUGCAGCUCGGCGCUGCCGGGCAGGACGUGGCUGUCGUCCGCGAGCAGGCUGCACCUCGACAAAUCGAACCCUCUGCUGAACAGCGACGUUGUUGCCAUGCGGCCCUCGGGCGACAACUUCGUGCAGACGUCCGUGGGGAUCGGCGUCAUCACCGGAGGGGCAGUGGUUGUCGCCCUGGCGCUCCUCGGGACCGCCGUGAUGGUGUAUCGGCGCGCCUACGUCAAGGAGAUUGCCGAGGCCCACGUGGCGCGCAGCAUGCUGGGCUCCGUGCCGCUGGCGUCCGUGGCGACGCGCCGGGCGCAGUCCGACAUGCCGAACGGGGCGCGCGACGACAACUCGUUCUUCUCGAGCCUGGCCGGCGGCAAGCGGCCCAAGGCCGUGCGCGGCAUCCCCGUCUCCACUCCCGGCAUGUACUUCGCGGCGCCGGGCGAGCACCCGCGCGAGUCGACGACGUCGGUCCUGUCCGAGCAGAAGCAGGGGGCGCAGCACUCGAGGAAGCAAGGCAGGUCCCUCGAUCGGCGCUAUACGCCGCCCCGCACGUCCGUCGACGCCAAGCGCAUCGGCCUCGUGCCGCGGCCCGAGAGGCCACGGGCGAGCCUGCGGACGAGCAAGGAGCGCCGGCCCUCGUCGCGCUCGGCGAAGGGCGACAGAACCCCGCCGCGGCGCGCCAGCGGCGGCUCACCGGCGACGAACCAACGGCGCUCGGAUGCUGCUGGCCUGACGACGCCCCCGCUGGGCCGCAUCAACGAAGUCGCGGAGUCGUCCGUCGCGGGAUCUCGCCACGGAAGUGCGCGCAAGCACGCCACUCCCGUCAGACCCGUCGACUCCAACCUGACGAAGCCGGCUCUUGGCGAGUCCAUCGGCGUGGCAGGCACCCUCGCGCACUGGGCGGGCGCCGCGGAAGGCUCGCGCCCGUCGCAGUCGUCGCAGACCAGCUCGAUCAACUUCUCGAAGUCUUAG